AUGGCCUUGGACAAAGCUUAUCCACGGCUGGAAGUGCCCAUCUUUGGCCCAGAUGAUGGCUUACUAGCCGUAUCACUGGGAGCAAGGCGGCUCGAGUUGAACCGAGCCGGGUCGUAUGCCCUGGGCGGAACAACCCCGACCCUCUCCGAGCUAGCUGCCCUCCUCUCCUCCCUCGGCGCCUCCGACCGCCGUCCGAGACCAGCCAUCCGCAUCAUGAUCCGACCCCGCGGGCCGCCCAAGUCAGCAACAUCGACGAUAAUACCCAACAACACCGCUAUUAUUACUACAGACGACACCGGCGGCGACCAAGCUUCCGACCGGGCUCCGGAACCGACGACGACCCCGCGGCAGCGGCCCGAUCAGGACUUCCUCUACACCCCGUCCGAGCUGGCCGCCAUGGCCGCCUCGAUCCGCGCCUUCGCCGCCUCCGGCCUGCUCAGCCCCCGGCACGGAGACGGCUUCGUCUUUGGUGCCCUCCGCCUCGGCGACGACGGACGACGGCUCGAGCUGGACGUGGAGCGUAAUAGGGAGCUAGUUAGCCUGGGAGAGGGAGAGGGAGAGCGACCACCGUCGCCCCGGUUAGCCUGCGUCCUGCAUCGGGCCGUGGAUGAUCUCCUCUCCUCCUCCUCCUGUUUGGGAGGGGAUGAUGAUAAUAUCGAAGGGGUGAUGCGAAGCGUGAGAGAGUGCGGGUUUGACGGCGUGUUGACUUCGGGCGGGAGGGGCCCGGCGCUGGGGAAUUUGGAAGGGUUGAAAGGGGUGAUCGGCAGUGGUGCUGCUGCUGCCGCGGAAGCGAAGGGGUUAGAGGUUAUUGUCGGCGGAGGGGUGCGCAGAGGGAACCUGGACGCGCUGGUCCACGGACUGAAAAGGGGGACCGGGAACGAUGCGCUCGGAGAGAUGGUGUGGUUCCAUUCCUCCUGCCUGGGUCCUGACGGGAGGCUUGAUGAGCAGGAGGCGAGGGCCCUGGCAGAGCAACUAUGGCGGUCCGGAGUGGUGUUGACGGACUAUUAA